AUGUCUGCAGAUGGGGUUAAUAUCAAUAUCGUCAACCUUUCCCUGACACGUAUCCAAAAGUCGCAGCUUACAGAGCAACUCGAGGAGCUUGGUCGUGAAUUGUCAACGCAUAGCAAGGAUGAUAUCAAGGUGUCACAGCUAUUACUGAAGCGUGCCAAGGUCCAUGAGCAGCUCGACAAUCUCGAUCAAGCCCGAGCCGAUCUACAAACAGCCAUUCAGCGUGAUCCAUCCAAUCAACAAGCCAAAGACGACAUUCAACGUUUAUAUACGCUUUCAUCCACCAACACCACAACCACGCCAUCAUCCGAGCCCAAAGCGACUAAAGAAGAUGAUGAUCCAUUGGCUACACGCUUUCAAAAGUACCUUCGCCAAGUGUCAGCAUCUGACAAUGUGGAUUGGAUCAAGUCAUUUGUCAAGUCAACUGAUUUUGUGGAUGUGCUUGCAGCAUGUGGGGGAGGUCGACCCGACAAUCAAGUUUCAGCCUAUGCAAGAUCCACAGCUUACAUGAUCCUCACCAAGCUAUUCAAUCCUCCACCUGAUAUGCAGACCAAUUAUCCAUUACAGCUGAUCAUCUCGACAUGUGCAGCAUGUUUCUCCCAAUGCAUCGACACCGGCAAAAAUGCAGAGAAGCUAUUGGCCUAUCGAACAUUGCACGCCAUCUUUGAAACAAGCAUGACCAUUGGUGCCGCUAUCUUGAGUCAGGAGGGUGUUGUGGAAGAAAUGAUGGAUGUCAUCGACUUUGAGAUUGUAUCGGUUCAAACAGCCAUGGUGGAAGUCCUUGCUAUUGCAUCCGCUGAUAAGACUUGCCACAAGCUACUUGUCAAACAUGCAAGUCAAUGGUUGGCAUUUACGGCUACGCGUGGCAAGGAUGAGCGACUCAAGGCACUCGCAGGGACUACUCUUAGCAAGCUGCAGACACAUCAACGCUACCAGGACAAGAAUCUUCAGACCAGUAGCAGCGAUCAACAAGAGGACACAUCACUCCAGGAUGCCAUGAACAAGAUGAAUCUCGGUGCAAGUGAUUUGACAGAUGCCAUGUUGGUCACCAUCAAGAAUUUCAAGACGCAGGAUACCACCAUGUUGCUCAAUGCUAUUGAAGGGUUGGCCUAUGCAUCAUUGCAGGCGGAUGUCAAGGAGACAGUGGCCAAUGAUCCAGUGCUACUCAAGAGUCUUGUGACCAUUGCUAUCAAUACGACAGGGGGUGGUGGUGAUACCACGACUACUACUACUACCACCAAUCACCCACUUCUCUAUGGCAUUGGCACCAUUCUUCGCAACGUGACCAUGUACAGGCCUGUGUUGGAUGAACAGCAAAAGCAAAUGAAGCGAUUACGUGAUUUGGCCAAUGCAAGGAACAAGGGUGGCAAUGCAAAAGGUGCCGAAGAGGAGGAUGAUCCACGUGAGAGUGAUACGGCAGUGGAGAUACGUGUACGUGCAGCUGUUGAGAGUGGUGCAGCAUUGGCACUUUUUGUACUUGCCAAAGCGGGAAGCAGUAGCAGCAAUCUACGCAUGGUAGCUUCACAAACGUACUUGAAUUUGGUGACACCACAAGCAACACGUGGCAAGCUUCUUCAACAAGGUGUGGCCAAGGGAUUGAUGAUGCUUAUUGAAACCGGCAAAGACGACCAAGAGCAACAAUUGGUGGCUGCACAAGCGAUCGCACGCCUUGCUAUUACCGCUGAUCCACGACUUGCAUUUGGUGCACAAGCAUCCUUGGAUUUGGUACGACCCUUUUUACGACUUUGCAAAGCGGAUCAAGCACUACGACAAUUUGAAGGAUUGAUGGCAUUAACCAACUUGGCCUCUGUGGAUGAUGCUGUGCGUUUUCGGAUAUACAGUGAAGAUGGCAUGACCGUGUUUGAAGGUUUACAAUUGGCAUCCAACGAGCUUGUUCAACGUGCAGCAACCGAGAUGGUGUGCAACAUGACAUUUUGUGAUCCUGUGUUCGAGUCGUAUAGCAAGAGCCCCAAUCGUUUACGCUUGCUGAUGGUGUUUUCCGAUCAUGAAGAUGCUGCCACACGUCGAGCCGCCUCCGGUGCACUCGCCAUUUUGGCUAAUAGCAAGGAUGCUUGUGAACGCAUGGCCAAUGUGGAUAAGGCUUAUGAACGACUCACGCGUCUUGUCGCUCCAGAGGAACCCGCUGAUAUCCAACAUCGUGGUGUCGAAAUCAUCCGCCUUAUGAUCCAACAUCUUGGCAAGGACGCCGCACAAGGGUUUGCCUCUGAACAUGCUCACACCAAAUUAACCGAUAUUGUCAAGAAAUCCAAUGUGAACGUUGUACGCUCGGCUGCCAUGGAAGUACUCAAAAUGUUUGUUGAAAAUGGUGUUCAAUUGAAAUAA